CUGCGACCUCUAGUCCAUCUUCAUUGUACAAAUUUUUGCUGGUCAGAUGGAAAAACGACGCGAAAAAUGAAAACGCAAUAUAGAAAAUCAAAAUUGAAGUGAAACCAAGUGCAAUUACGUCGGAGUAAAAGAUUGCGUGCACACACGAUUCCCGCGAGGACAACAAAACAGCCAAACAUAAUAAUAAUAAUAAUAAAAGUAGUAACAAGGAGUCAACGAGGAGCAGGAGGAGCAGGCGCUGCCCACCACCCCAACCCAGUGCGAGUGGUGCAUGAAUCACUCCCCAGCCCGCAUCAUCAAUCGAAAAUCAUCCAGAAGCCUCCGCCAUGUCAAGUGAUAAGAUCAAAGUCGCGGUGAGGGUGCGACCCUUCAAUCGUCGUGAAAUCGAAUUGGGUACAAAAUGUAUCGUGGAAAUGGAAAAACAGCAGACCAUUCUGCAAAAUCCCCCCACAUUGGAGAAGAUCGAAAGAAAACAACCAAAGACAUUUGCAUUCGAUCACUGUUUCUACUCGCUGAACGCCGAGGACGACAACUUCGCCUCCCAGGAGACGGUGUUCGAUUGUGUGGGACGUGAUAUUCUGGAUAAUGCGUUCCAGGGCUACAAUGCCUGCAUAUUUGCCUACGGCCAGACAGGCUCUGGCAAGUCGUAUACGAUGAUGGGCUCUCAGGAGAGCAAGGGCAUCAUUCCACGCCUUUGCGACAAGCUCUUCUCCGCCAUCGCCAACAAAUCCACACCCGAGCUGAUGUACAAGGUGGAGGUCUCCUACAUGGAGAUCUACAACGAGAAAGUUCACGAUCUACUCGACCCGAAGCCCAACAAGCAGUCGCUUAAGGUGCGCGAACACAACGUCCUUGGUCCGUAUGUGGAUGGCUUGUCGCAGCUGGCGGUGACAUCGUACCAGGACAUAGACAACCUCAUGACCGAGGGCAACAAGUCGCGCACAGUGGCGGCCACCAACAUGAACGCCGAGUCCUCCCGCUCGCACGCCGUUUUCUCGGUGGUUCUCACCCAGAUACUGACGGAUCAGGCGACGGGUGUCAGUGGCGAGAAGGUGUCCCGCAUGUCCCUGGUGGACUUGGCCGGCUCGGAGAGAGCCGUGAAAACGGGCGCCGUUGGCGAUCGCCUGAAGGAGGGCUCCAACAUCAACAAAUCACUGACCACGCUGGGCCUGGUCAUUUCGAAGCUGGCCGAUCAAACGAACGGCCGGAAAGGCGGCAACGACAAGUUCGUGCCCUACCGCGACUCGGUUCUCACCUGGUUGCUGAAGGACAACCUCGGUGGCAACUCCAGGACCGUGAUGGUGGCCACCAUUUCCCCCUCCGCCGACAACUACGAGGAGACCCUCUCCACGCUUCGCUACGCGGAUCGGGCCAAGCGCAUUGUUAACCAUGCCGUGGUCAACGAAGAUCCAAAUGCCCGGAUUAUACGCGAGCUGCGGCACGAGGUGGAGACGCUGCGCAGUAUGCUGAAGCAUGCCACCGGCUCACCAGUGGGCGAUGUCCAGGACAAGCUGGCCGAGAGCGAGAACCUGAUGAAGCAGAUUUCGCAGACGUGGGAGGAGAAGCUGGUCAAGACCGAGCGCAUCCAGAACGAGCGCCAGCAGGCUCUGGAGAAGAUGGGCAUCAGCGUGCAGGCCAGUGGCAUCAAGGUGGAGAAGAACAAGUACUACCUGGUCAAUUUGAACGCAGAUCCGUCCCUCAACGAGCUGCUGGUCUACUAUCUGAAGGAUCGCACGCUUAUUGGCGGUCGAAGCAUCAGCGGCCAGCAGCCGGAUAUUCAACUCUCCGGCCUGGGCAUCCAGCCCGAACACUGUGUCAUCACAAUCGAGGACAGUGGCCUGUACAUGGAGCCUGUCCAGGGUGCUCGUUGCUUUGUCAAUGGCUCGGCUGCUGUGGAGAAGACACCGUUGCAGAACGGUGAUCGUAUUCUGUGGGGCAACCACCACUUCUUCCGCGUCAAUUCGCCAAAGAGCAACAACACCAGCAUGUGCGCCUCAGAGCCCCAGACUCCUGCCCAGCUGAUCGAUUACAACUUUGCCCGAGAUGAGAUUAUGCAGAACGAGCUGAGCAACGACCCCAUCCAGACGGCCAUUGCUCGCUUGGAGCGCCAGCACGAGGAAGAUAAGCAGGUGGCUCUGGAGAAACAGCGCCAGGAGUACGAGCGCCAGUUCCAGCAGCUGCGCAAUAUACUCUCUCCCAGCACACCGUACGCUCCGUACGCCCCCUACGACCCGCUGCGGAUGGGCAAGAUCACACCAAAUACUCCCACCUCGCAGAUGCGAGUGGAAAAAUGGGCACAGGAGCGCGAUGAGAUGUUCCGGCGCAGUCUGGGCCAGCUGAAGACGGACAUUAUGCGGGCCAACUCCCUGGUGCAGGAGGCGAACUUCCUGGCCGAGGAAAUGGAGAAAAAGACCAAGUUCUCGGUCACUCUGCAGAUACCGCCGGCCAACCUGAGCCCCAAUCGGCGGCGCGGUGCCUUCGUUAGCGAACCAGCGAUUCUGGUGAAGCGCACAAACUCCGGCAGCCAGAUCUGGACGAUGGAGAAGCUGGAGAACAAGCUGAUCGACAUGCGCGAGAUGUACCAGGAGCACAAGGACCGUGUCAUGAACGGACUGGACGAGGAGAACAAGCCGCAAGACCCCUUCUACGAGUCGCAGGAGAAUCACAACCUGAUUGGAGUGGCCAACAUAUUCUUGGAAGUGCUCUUCCACGACGUCAAGCUCGACUACCACACGCCGAUCAUCAGCCAGCAGGGAGAGGUGGCCGGCCGGCUGCAGGUGGAAAUCGAAAGGAUCGCCGGCCAAAUGCCGCAGGAUCGCAUGUGCGAGUCGGUGUCAGAGUCGUCGGGAGACUCCAGGGACGAGUACGAUGAUCCCGUGGACCCCACGGCCAACCAGAUCACCUGUCGCGUGACCAUCAAGUGCGCCAGCGGUCUGCCGCUCUCGCUCUCCAACUUUGUCUUCUGCCAGUACACCUUCUGGGGCCAUCAGGAGAUGGUGGUGCCGGUGAUCAAUGCAGAGUCCACAGCCCACGACCAGAACAUGGUGUUCAAGUUCGAGCACACCAAGGACUUUACCGUGUCCAUAAACGAGGAGUUCCUGGAGCACUGCAUCGAGGGGGCGCUGUCCAUCGAAGUGUGGGGCCACCGCAGCGCCGGCUUCUCCAAGUCGAAGGGCUGGGAGGUGGAGCAACAGCAGGCCAAGGCCCGAUCUCUGGUCGAUCGCUGGGCGGAGCUCUCUCGCAAGAUCGAACUCUGGGUGGAGAUCCACGAGCUGAACGACAACGGCGAGUACUCGCCCGUGGAGGUGACAAACCGCAAUGAAGUCCUCACCGGUGGCAUAUACCAGCUGCGCCAGGGCCAACAGCGACGGGUCAAUGUGCGAGUGAAGCCUGUCCAGAACUCAGGCACCCUGCCCAUCAUCUGCCAAUCGAUCGUGAACGUGGCCAUCGGCAGUGUCACGGUGCGGUCCAGGCUGCAACGGCCCUUGGACUCCUACCAGGAGGAGGAUCUCACAGUGCUGCGCGAGAAGUGGAGCGAGGCUUUGGGUCGGAGGAGGCAGUACCUGGAUCAGCAGAUCCAGAUGCUGAUCAAGAAGGAGGAGAAGAACGAGCAGGAACGCGAGCGCGAGCUGAGCUUGGUCCACCAGUGGGUGUCGCUGACGGAGGAGCGCAACGCAGUGCUGGUCCCAGCCCCCGGAUCGGGCAUUCCCGGAGCACCUGCCUCCUGGGAGCCCCCGUCCGGCAUGGAGCCACAUGUCCCGGUACUCUUCCUCAACCUCAACGGCGAUGAUCUUUCCGCGCAGAACACCAACGAUGAGUUGUCCAUUGCCGGCAUAAACUCGAUCCUUUCGAAGGAGCACGGCCACAAGUUCUACACCCUGCAGAUUCUGCAGCACUUGGACAAGGACGUGUGCUGCGUGGCCAGCUGGGACUCGUCGAUGCACGACAGCCAGGCCCUGAACCGCGUCACCGAGGCCAAUGAACGCGUCUAUCUCAUCCUGCGGACCACGGUGCGCCUGUCGCAUCCCGCUCCCAUGGAUCUGGUUCUGCGCAAGCGGCUGAGCAUCAACAUCAAGAAGGGCCAGACCCUGACCGAUCGAUUGAAGAAGUUCCGGCUGGUGCGGGGCGAGAACGCCAUCUGGCAGAGUGGCGUUACCUAUGAGGUGGUAUCCAACAUUCCGAAGGCCUCCGAGGAGCUGGAGGAUCGCGAGUCACUAGCCCAGCUAGCGGCCAGUGGCGACGACUGUUCAGCAAGUGAUGGCGAGACCUAUAUAGAGAAAUACACUCGUGGUGUUUCGGCCGUGGAGAGCAUACUGACCCUGGACCGACUCCGUCAGAACGUGGCUGUCAAGGAGCUGGAGACGGCCCACGGACAGCCGCUGUCUAUGCGCAAGACCGUCAGCGUGCCGAACUUCUCGCAGGCGGUAAAAGACACCACCAAUACCGGGAGUAUUAUGCGCUUCGAUGCAUCGAUGGAGUCGCUGCUGAAUGUGGGACGAUCCGAGUCCUUUGCCGAUCUCAACAACAGUGCCCUGGGCAACAAGUUUUCGCCAGCUGGCCAUGGCGCCGGAGGAGCCAGCAGCGGAGUCAUCCGCAAUCGCCACAGCUUCGGUGGCAAGGGCAGCAGCGACGAUUCACCUGGAAAGGCCUUUGGCAUUGCGCGUCCAACAUUUUUGAAUCUCAAUUUGAACUUGAACACAUUGAGAAAUGCGCCAACGAAACCUUCGCCGGCUACCACCAAGUUACUGGGUAUGCGCAUGACCACGCUGCACGAGGAGCCUCUCGGUGGCCACAGGUCUCUGGAUGAGGAGCCAGAGGACAGCUACAGCGACUCCGAAUACGCCGCCGACUACGAGCAGGAGCGGCAACAGAACAGGAGCUUCGCUGGAGGACGGUCUCGGCUAACGGCCUCCAAGACCAUGGACUCGUUCAUGGAUGUGAGCAACCACUCGAACCAGAGCUACUUGAGCUACACGUCCAGCGCCAAUUCAAAUAUGAAGCAUCUGACUGGCUUGGCCACGCUGAGCAUGAGCUCUUCCACCAGCAGUGGCUACGGCUCCCAGGCGGUCUCUUGCAACAAUCUGAGCAACGAGGACAUAGCUUCAAUGCGUUCCAUGAGCAUUGAUGAGACGUCAGAUUUCGAUCGAAUCAACUCGAAUUCGCCACCCAACCGCCAGACACGUGUCAAUCCCUUCCUUAAGGACAUGCCCAAGGCCAAGACCCAAGAUCCAUCAGAGCCUCAGGCCAAGAAGCUGCAGGAAACGUUUACGCACCCAUUGGAGCUGCCAAAGGAAAACGCACAAUCCGACGAGGAAGAACCCGAGCAGUUGCCAAAGAACAACAACAACAACAAUAAUGUUGAAUUGGUCAAACCUGUAGAGGAGCCUGCGAUCGUUGAAGAAUUGGAACCGCAGGCUGCUGAGCCACAAACCGAAACACAACCAGAGCUUGCCACAGACAAUCAGAACGGCAACAAGUCGGCGGAGGAGGAGGUGCUGAAGGGCGAGGGCAUCGUUACCGGGGAGCUGCCCGCUGGCAAGGUAGUGCGACGCAAGAAGUCCAACACGCAGCCACCGAACAAUCUGAACAACAACAACACCAGCAACAGCACAUGUGAGGCGCCGCGUGUCCACCACCGCGCUUCGGUGGCCAAGAUGGAAGGCCUGGCCGCCUACAUGGACUCCAGCAUAAUGACGAGCAGCACAGAAAUCGAUGAUGAGAGCAAAGAUGUGGAAAUCACGGUGCCCGAGUGGAUAGUGGUUGGCGAGUCGGUGUUGAUACGCCCCUACAACACCAGCGGUGUCAUACGCUUCGUUGGCGUCACAGAGUUCCAGCCGGGUGCCUGGAUUGGCGUGGAACUGGAUACCCCGACCGGCAAGAACGAUGGCAGCGUGAAGGGUAUUCAGUAUUUCCAAUGUAAGCCGAAGCACGGCAUGUUCGUGCGCUCCGACAAGCUGAUGCUGGACAAGCGCGGAAAGGCGAUGCGGGCGUACAAGGCCGCUGAGAAGAGCAACAGCAUCAGCAAAGAGAUGAGCAGCUCGAUGACUCGAUCGAAGAGCCGCGGCGAAUCACUAAAUGUGGCGGCGCGAAAAUGAUUGUACCCGAAGUGUUCGCAUCAGUUGCAGCGCUGGACUAAUUGCAGGCAAUCCAGUGUCACAAGCAGCCGGCCAGCAGUGCCAACAACGACAGCAACCACGGCCACCGCCACGGCAACGUGUCACCGGUUGCGUGCAACUAACGGCGCUGCAGAUGCGAACAGUCACGGCAAGAAGUGCAAUGCCAAUCGACGCUCGACGGCCUUCUAAGGCUAAUGCUAAGGCUAAGGCUGUCCCGAUAAAGGAUGUUUAACGACGUAGCCCGUCAAUCAACGAACAAUGCGGAGCAUAAUCCACAAUCCAACCAUAUUCUCUAGCUUACUUAACUACUCUCACACCAAUGCCGCAAAUGAAAUGCCGUACACUUAACCCCCACGCUUCUCUAAGUAGUUUAAGGCGGUGUCUACAGCAGAACUAAAUACUAAUUACUAGCUAAACUAAACGAAAACUAAGCUAAGCCAGGCAGAGAUAGUAGUUGCAAUGCUAAUCUUUUAAGAAUCCAUGCCGAUAAUGACGAGCACUUGGUAAAAUCGUAAAUAUUUCGUCUAAUGUAUGUGUGAAAAUGAACAACUCUUGAUUCCAUUGUUUUGUGUUCGUGUAGUUAAUUGUCGUUUUGCUUAUGAUUACCGAUUACCGAUUUAUACAUAUAUAUAUAUUUUUGUAAUGGUUCUUUGCCCUUUAGUUUAGUUCAAUUGUUUUUGAUAUCAAAGUGACUUGGUUAACGAUGAGCUUAUAUUUUUAAUUGUUAUCGACUAUAUCCAAUAUAUAAAUCAUUUGUAUAUAUUUAUAAUUAAGACCAUGCAAUAAUUUUGUUUACACUAUAACCUUUGCCGAGCUCACGCUUUUUUUUAGCGCAUUUAUAUAAAAAAUAAUAUCAAUUACAAUAUUAGCAAUUAAUGAGAAAGCAGCAUAUUCUAUACCGGCUGCGACCAGGCACAGGAAGCCCUCGUCCCUAAGAUGAUCCCAUCUUUGAUCUUAGUCCCCCGAUUAAGAAGCUUCGCACUGGCGCAGUUGAUGUGUAAAUUGUAUUAUUUUGAUGUGAUGUAUUUAUAAUUUUCCAUUUAUAUAUGCCUUAAUAUAUAAAUAAAAUUGAUUUUAUCGUAUGAUUACCUCCUUAUUUUCUCAAUUAGCGAUUUAUCUAUUUUAAGUUCUUAUAUCCCGUCCGGAAUGUGCAAUAUAAGUGUUAGGAUCCUUAAGUUGUAUUUAAUCAAUGUUGAAGGUUGUGCGACGAUGUUUGUGAAGCGUUAUUAAGAAACAAAGUCCAUGAAAGCAAUAAUUGCAUGAAUAUUCGAUUUUAUGUUAAGAUAUUGUAAUAUUCGUUCGAGUGAGGCCCCGAAAACCUCCAGAUGCAGCUGGAAGCGUGUAUGAAUUUUAAACAAGAAACCGAUUACCGGCUGAUGCACGUUUGUACGUAAAAACGUAAACGUAUCCAUCCAUCCAUCCAACCAACCAACAUCCAAGACACUCCAAAAACUGAGUCUGAGAUAAAUUGCAAUUUAAAAACAAAACCAAAUUACACAAAAAAGUAUGACAACAAUAAGCGGAGCGAUUUACACUUAGAAUACCCAAAAA